UUGGAAACUGCCCGGGCGCCCCGCCCCGCGCGCCGCUCGGGCGGAGCCUGCGUUCCUCACGCCUCCAGCCGCGUGCGGAGGGCGAAUGGGGCCCUCUCAGGGACUCGGUUUUUGAGUCUGGACUGCGAAAGCUGGGCUCUAAAGUCUCAGUAAAAGAAAGCUGUGUAUUUGCACAAGUGGUGGCUGCCAUUGAUGUAAACACUGUCGCUAAUGAAGUGUACAAGUAUAAUUUUCCUCACACGCAGUUACUGGCCAAGACAAUUGAAGGCAUUACAAUAGAAGAGUUUGACAGAUUAUCUUUCAAUAUGAUUUUAAUGAGCCCUCCAUGUCAGCCAUUCACAAGAAUUGGCCUGCAAGGUGAUGUGUCUGAUCCAAGGACCAAUAGUUUCUUAUAUAUUCUAGACAUUCUCCCAAGAUUACAAAAAUUACCAAAGUAUAUUCUUUUAGAAAAUGUUAAAGGUUUUGAAGUAUCUUCUGCAAGAGAGCUGUUAAUACAAACAAUAGAAAAUUGCGGUUUUCAGUAUCAAGAAUUUCUAUUAUCUCCAACCUCUUUUGGCAUUCCAAAUUCAAGGCUACGGUAUUUCCUUAUUGCAAAGCUUCAGUCAGAGCCAUUACCUUUUCAAGCUCCUGGUCAGGUACUGAUGGAGUUCCCUCAAAUUGAAUCUGAACAUCCGCAGAAACAUGCAAUAGAUGUGGAUAAUAAAAUCGAAAGGAAGAAAAUUGAACCAAAUAUUUACUUUGAUAGCAGCAGACAGUGUUCUGGAAAAGGGGCCAUUCUUUUUAAGCUUGAAACUGCAGAAGAAAUUGACCGGAAACAUCAGCAGGACAGUGAUUUAUCCGUGCAAAUGCUAAAAGAUUUUCUUGAAGAUGACAUUGACAUGAAUCAGUACUUCUUACCACCAAAGUCACUGCUGCGAUAUGCUCUGUUGUUAGACAUUGUUAAGCCCACUUGCAGAAGAUCCAUGUGCUUUACAAAAGGUUAUGGAAGCUACAUAGAAGGGACAGGAUCCGUGUUACAAACUACAGAGGAUGUGCAGAUGGAGAAUAUCUAUAAAUCCCUUCCUAAUUUGUCACAAGAAGAAAAAAUAACAAAAUUGUUAAUGCUUAAACUUCGAUAUUUUACUCCUAAGGAAAUAGCAAAUCUCCUUGGAUUUCCUCCAGAGUUUGGAUUUCCUGAGAAGAUAACAGUGAAACAACGUUAUCGUCUACUUGGAAAUAGUCUCAAUGUUCAUGUAGUAGCUAAACUAAUCAAAAUACUGUUUGAGUAAUUUAAAAAUUAUUCUGAAAGAUCACAAUAUUCUCUCAUAUUCAGAUAUGAUAUGGAUUCUGAAAUUCGUUUUUGAACUGAUACAAUUCAACUAAAUUAUCUUAAUCUUGCUUUAAUAAAAAAUUUGGAUUUACAACAGAAACACCAAUUUGUUUCCUUAAAUCUAUAUUACUGGGUUUUGUAAAGUGCAGAUUAUUAUUAUGCUUUAAGAGAAUAUAUUUUCAUCUAAAAUUGUUAAGUAUGAAUGUAAAAUAUUUUCUUUCUAAUAUGGUAUAGAUAAAUUUAAGAACAUUAGAAUUUUAAUGUCUACAUGAAUAUUUUAUAAAAUGCUAUAACAUGCAUAUUAUAAUGAACUGAGAAAUUUUGUUUUGUAUGUUAAAGAAGUUGCUUGUGAAUCCUAUCUUUUUACUUUUAUUAGAUCAUUAUUUCUGAUUCUAAAAUGAUUCUAAUAGUAGCUAGUUUCAAAUAUUGAAUAUUUUACUUAAUUCCAAUGCUUUAAGCAUUCUUUUAUUUUAUCUAAACAAAUGCAUAUAGUAUUUUAAACCAAAUUAUCAUCAUUCACCUUAUACAGCAGUGAAAAAAAAUGUCAUAAAAAAUAAUCCUAAAUUCUUUACCCUUUCGAUCAGAAAGCCACAGAAAACGUAGAUGGACAUUCUCUAACUGUAUUUAAUUCUCCACUGGAGACGUAAAACUCAUUCUCUUCAUUUUUACUACAUCCCUUUGGUUUGCUGCUAUCAGAGCUUUUCCUCCUCAGCUUUUUGUAAGUUGAAUUUGCCAUUCUAAGUGAUGUAGCAUAGCAUUAAGAUUUAGGGAGGAAUGUCUGUCCUCUGAAACCUUUCCAUAUGACUAUUCUGUACAUUAACUUUCAUAACUUAACUUGUCUCUCCCUCUCAGGUAGACUUCUAGAAAUGAGAAUUUCUAAUCAGACUAAGUAUUGCAUCAUAAAUUCUGUGGUUUUGACUUCAGUGAUAAAAGCAAGUGACAGAAAAUAAAUGAAAAGAAGUAAGACCAGAAAUUGUAUCACAGAAUUUUAAUUCAUAUUUUUAUUCUUAAAAAUCAAUUAUUCUGAUGUGGAGAAAUUGGAAAGUUAUGCAUUGCUGGUAGGAAUAUAAAGUGUUGCAGCCACUGUAGAAAGUAGAUGAUGAUUCCUUUUAAAAAGUUAAAAUUACCAUGUGAUCCAUCAAUUCCACUUUAGGUAUAUACCCAAAAGAUUUGAAAGUAGGGAUUCAAAUAGUUAAUUGUGCACCAGUGUUCAUAGCAGCAUUUGGCAAUAGCCAAAAAGUGGAAACAAAGUGUCCAUCGGUAGAUGAAUAAACAAAAUAUGGUGUAUUUAUGCAGUGCAAUAUUAUUCAGCCAUAAAAAGGAAGGAAAUUCUGACACAUCCUACAAUGUGGAUGAACCCUGAAGAUAUUAUGCUCAGUGAAAUAGGCCAGAUGCAAGAGGACAAAUUUUUUGUAAUUCCACUUAAGUGAGGUAUGUAAAAGAAUCAAGUUCAUAGAGACAAAGUAGACUAGAAGUUAUCGGGGUUUAGGGGGCCUGGGGAAUGGGAGUUUAAUGGGUACAGAGUUUCUGUUUGUAGUGGUAACAAAGUUCUGGGGAUGGAGGGAUGGUAGUGAUGGUUGCACAACAAUGUGAAUGAACUUAGUGCCACUGAGCUGUAUACUUAGAAAUGUUCAAAGUGGCAGAUAUUAUGUACAUUUUACCACAAAUAAGAAAGACGCAUUCCUCACUGUUUUUUCAGAAGAAUUAUAAAUAUGGACAUAGGAAGCUGUAGGUGAAUGCAUAUAUUUAUCAACCAUCACUACGUACAUUUUUGUACAUAUGUUUAAGACAAACCUCAUUUCAAGUCUCAUAAAUUUUAGUAUAUGGCAAUCUGAAAUUACUUUGGCAUACUUUCACUAGGUUCUCCCCACUGCUGAAAGAUUCUUACCAGUGAAAAGGUUCCAAGUUUUACCGUGAUUAUGCUGUAAUUUUAGUGUCCUAUGCCUCACUGAGCAGUGUUACACAAAGUAAGUGUUGAGUUAAAGUGCAUCAACUAUAAACACAAGGAAGCUGAUAGAGACACUUGGUUCCUAACUGAAGGACAAACUGUUGCUUUGUGAAAUUUUUUAGUACUGAAAUGUAUUAAUGGGCAGAUGGGGAUUCUUGCUGUUAUUUCAUAAUUGAAAAUAUACAGUAGCAAGCAUAAAACUCACACCUUAAUGGAGAUCUAUUUUCUAGAGUGUCAUAUAAUUAACAUGUAUAUACAUGCAUAAUUAAUUUAGAAAAUGUCAUUUUAUUGAAUGCCCACCAUAUGUUAUUGGUAAUAAAUAAGCAUAAAAUUUG